AUGGACGCCCAGUUAAGCAUCAAAACUUUACUGACCGCUGCUAGACUUCUGGAGGGAGGCUAUGAGGCCAAUACUAUCAUUCAGUCUCUGCCUCCUGUGCAAGACAUGCGCCCUACUACGCUGUCUCCGCCGCUCACUGCCCGACCAUGUUAUGCUGACUCCAUUCAACCGGAACUCAGGGGCAUUAUAUCAAAGAAGAUGCGAGUUGAACGGAAGCUAUAUUCUGCGUCAACGAGUGCCCAACCUUACUGUUUCUCUUCAUCGCCACGGAAAAACUCAACGAAGCAUAGUCGAGCUGCUCACAAUGAACUUGAAAAAACCCGUCGGGCAAAUCUGCGAGGAUGCUUGGAGACUCUCAAAACUCUCGUACCACCACUUGGCGAUGCUUCUCGUAAUACGACGCUUGCGUUGCUGACGCGUGCUCGUGACCACAUCAAGCAACUGGAAGAGGGUAACGCAGCGCUGCAACAAGAACGAAAUCGUUUGGAAGAUCGGAAGUCCAUGCUACAAAAUGAGCUGGAACGCUUGAGAGAAAGUACGUCCCAGUCGACGUCACGCCCUUCUUCGACUAGCUCUCGUCUUUCACGUGACUCGCCGGUGUUCCUGGAAUAUUCACCUACUUCGAAACCAGCACAGUCUCCACAGCCCAUCAUUAUUGACCCAGUGGCUGAAGGUUUACUUCCAGCAUUACCCAUAUGUUAUCCUCGGCCGUCGUUAUAUCCUUACCUAGAUCUCACUCCCUCCCGCGCCUGUGCCUCGUUUGACAUGCCACCUUUUUUGCCAAUUCAUCUCCGUGUAUGA